AUAGUAUUAUGGUACAAUUGUUUACUGGUUUAUUAACAACUGAAGAAUAAAAGGCACUCACUAAAGAAGAAGGGUGAGAAAACAUCCAUUUCAAACACACAGGAUACAAAUAGAGUAAGAAAAGAUGUUUCUCAGAGACCUACAGAGAAAACAUACCAGAGAUUAUUGGGUAAGGUUCAAACCAGAAGUACAAAAUUAUGGACAAAUAAAAGAGAUAUUUGAUCACAAGAAACCUUUUACAAUGUUGACCAUUGCUUUUGUUGAGGGUCUUAGAUCGCAUAUCAAAAAUUGGUUGACCAUUAAUGAUCUACUGUGGCGCACACAAGUCCCAGAGGAUUUGACAACCUUAGCAGUACACCAUGAAGAUAACUUGGUGUUCAAUAAAGUUAGAAACAAGUUAAAGUUGCUGAAGUCACUGGUAAUAUGGCUGGGUGGGCAACAGAAAGGUACCACCCCUAGACAUAGACCGUUUCAGCGUGAAACAGGCAGGUGUCCAGUCUGAUCAACUGGAUACUUGCGCUGUCGAGCUGAAAUUGUUUGUUAAUUCUGUAGAAACCAACUGCAGAUAAUACGUUGUUAAUUUGACCUGCAGACCGUGCUGGGCAGGACAGUUCCAGAGAAGAAUAAAAUAUAUUAGUUUUUAAUUAAGGCAUAUAAUGUAAUUUCACCUCAUAUUGUAUAGCAAACCAUGCUAACAGAAAUCCCUGCAAAGCAAAAUAAUAAUAAUAGCAGCUCUACUAACUUGUCAGAAAACUCGGCAUGACACUGUGGCACGCUUACCAGAAUGGGAACUGGUCCUCAUUAUUUCUACCACCAUUACCCUGGUCAAAUGUAAUAUUUUGAAGUCUGCUACUUUACAAAUGGUUAAUGAAACUGAUGGGUUUCAGAGAGAGGAAUGGGGGGAGGAAAGUGUAACCCCUCGUGCUUGCUUAACAUACCCUGACUAAGCUGAUAAUAACUGCCAAGGUAGCAGCACGAAAAUAAAUUGUAAUAAAAAUGUUUACAUGUUUACUAAAGAUAUAUGUAUACUAAAUGAACAAACAUUAAUCAAAAUGCAAAAAGCUUGUUAUUUACAGGAAAGGACUAAAGAGGGAAAAUGCAAUGAAGGCUUGUGGCACAGCUCUGAAGGUAAAACUGUUGCCCCAAAAUCACUCUUGCCAGCAUUGGCACAGAUGUCCCAUGGACUGACCCAUGCAGAGGAAUGCUGGAAGAACAGUUAAGACUAUACCUUCACAUCUUCCCCAGACAACUGGUCCUUUCCAAGUUAUACAAAUUGAUGUCAUUCAGCUUCCAAAGCAACCAGCUAAAGAAGAUCCAAGCUACUGUGACCAGCACACAACCAAUCCCUGUGGAAGGUGCUUGUCAUAAUCUACAUCCUGGUGAUGAGGUGAUGGUCAGAAAUUUCCUGAGAUCGGGCUCGCUGACAGACCGGUGGGAAGGACCUUACCAAGUCUUGUUGACAACCCCAACUGCUGUUAAGAUAAAGGAGAAGACUUUGUGGAUCUACUCCACCCACUGCAGAAAAGUCACGCCUCCUGAGACAGCACAUGUGGAAGAUAUUCUCCAAGACUCCUCUGCACUUCACCAGUAAAACCAGCAAGUGAGUGGUUCGGGCAUAAUAAUCCCUUGAGCCACUUGCCAACGCAGUAUCUCUGUGGAGGGUACAUAACUCCUAGAAGAGUACUGUGAAGAUCAAAGGACAACAAAGACAAUGCUAAACAGGAUGAUGCUGAUAGGCCAAAGGCCAGACCGUGGACUAUGGGGGUGCAUUCUCUCAUGGGCAUGUCUGAUUACAAUCAUACUCAUUGUGCUUGAGUGUUGUAUAUACAUUCCAGGGUCUGUUAACAAUGUGACCAGUCAAACAGGUAAUGUAACAUCUUACAAUGAAGCGUUAUUCAAGACACGUGUGUGUAGGGCCUUACAAAAGAAUAAUUAUGGAGGAGAAUUUACAGGUAAUUCCAUGAUAGCAAUGCACAGUAAAAUUGCAAAGGCUCUCAACACAAGCAAAUGUUGGAUUUGUACCCACCUACCCAUCAGUGUAGAUGCAGGUAUACCCCUCCUGGCUCAUUACAUAAGCACAGCUGACAUGAUAGACAGAGAUUGGUCCUGCCAUAAGCGAAAGAAUGGUAGUCGCAGUUGUGCCAAUAAGACACCUAAAGUACAGAAUAUAGUAGACUUCCCAUAUUUGGAUGUCUUAGAUGCAGGCUUGCUGUAUGCGCCCGCUCUGCAGGUAUCUGCAGCCAAAGGGAAACCUGAAUUCUGCUUAAGUGUUAAUGAAAAGUCCCACCCAUAUGUGUACAAGGAAAAAAUAUUACAGGUAAAAAGCCCAAACCUAGGGUACACUAACUAUACUGGAGCCACAUUUGUGGUAAAGAUGUCCGGUAGAUGCUCCCUCAAGAAUCUCAAAACCUGUUGGCAUUCCAUAGAUGCAAAUGGGGCAUUAACACCUAACGAUACUUUAUACCAACUACAGAGAAAGGUGUACACUUGAUAACAGCACAUGUGGAGAUGCCAAUGGUAAUAACACAGGGUACUUUAUGAUAUACAUAAGGCUCAUUUAUACCAAAACUUUUGGGAUGCCUCUGCCUAAGGGUAUGUAUUGGGUUUGUGGAAAAUGGGCAUACUCAUGGAUUCCCUUAGGUGCUAAAGGACAAUGUGUACUCUCCUCAGUAUUCCUAUAGAGCAUGACUUGGUGCCAAGUGACCUGACAUAUUUAAGACAUCUCAGUAAAAGAGAAGUGAAAAAAGGAUAUGUAUCUUUCAGAUUUUCUGAUGGUGAACGUACGGCUGGAACUUUGUUUCCUCUGUCCACUAUCUAUUUGGUGGAAAAAGCUGUGUCCCAAACCUUAACGGUACUAGAUCAGAUGGUAGGGGAAUUGGUCGUUUCAAUCAAUCAGACAGUGGAAGAGCUGGCUCAAGUAAGAAAAGUGGCUUUACAAAAUAGGAUGGCACUGGAUCAGCUGUUGGCAGCAGAAGGGGGCACGUGUGCAGUGGUAGGACAAGAAUGUUGUACUUAUAUUGAAGAUCACAGAGCUGAAAUAAGUGCUCAUCUGAGCAAGGUGGGAGAGUUGCAGCAGGAAAUGAUAAGGUUAGGUGCUAGUGAAGGUUGGGAUCCACUUGGAUGGCUAGGAGGAAGUAUUGCAAAGCUUUUUUCUGGAGUAUUGCAGUACAUUGUGUUUGUUGCACUGAUUGUAGGAAUCAUAUAUCUUACCAUCAAGUGUGGACCAGUAGUCUGUGUACAAUGUGGUAAAGGAUUUAAAAGGUUGAAAGUGCACCAUGAAAUGACCAUUGUGGUGGUAGAUGAUGAGGUUCCACUAGAACAGGUGACUCAGGGAACAAGUCAGGGGCAGCAGGAAAGACAGGUGGUAUAUGCUGACAUGAGCAAAUCUUAUGAAAGUUUACAACUCCAGGAAGCUGAGCCCAUAUACCAGGCUUUAGAGGAGGAUCAGGCAGGUAGGGAAAGUACACAGCUUGUUAAUUUUACUUAUGGACUGGAUAACAGGGUAGAAAUGAAUCAGGAUGAGUAUGUUAGACAUGAAAUACAAGCGAGUUUCACCUAACUGUGUCAACACCCUCUUAGCCAACACCAGAAGGUUCCUAUAAAAAGAACAGGGAUUCCCGUCCGGUGCGGUGAGCAUUGGCGCCAGGCCCAUCCCCGUGAACCUACCUUUUUCCUAUGUUGUGCGUCUACCUAACCCUCAUUAGAAAUUGUGAAAUUGAACCUUCUGAUUUGUGUAUUAGAGUGCCAAGUAUAUUGGCAGAGAGAGGAAUGAUAUAGAUAAGUGAAUACACAAAAUGGAAGCUGGAUGUCAGUUUGUCUAUUGCUUAAAAGAAACUGUUGCUUUAAAUGUGAUUCUUAUAUGUUUGCAGAAACUUUGAUUUUAGUAGCAAUUAAGGAAGUUAGUCUAGCUUUACAGUAUUUCAUAGACUGUGGUUAGCUAGUAUCCUAUAGAAAAGGGAAGUCGAAAGUAUGUUGAAGGUAAAAGUAUAUUUUUAAUGUAACAGUCAUAAUCACAAGAUGCUGAGCUAAUUAAUUGGAAAUCCCCCAUAAGGGGAGUUUAUAAAUUAUAAUAUAUUCUGAUAUUUGAAAUGUAAUUGGUCUAUGUAUAUGAUUGGCUUGUUAAUUUGAUUAGAUCAUGUAAUGCUAUGAUGAAAGUAUAUAAGAUGAAAUCAACGUGUCAAUGUGCAGUUCAUGAUAUUCUUUUAUCG